CCACUGCGAGGGGGCGGGACUGGCCGAGUCACGUGGGUCUCGCGCCCGCUGCCACCGCAGCCGCAGCCUCCGCCGUCUUUCUCUGUCUCGGCCGAGGCAGCCAUCUUGCUCUUACCGCGUGCUGCUGUUGGAGAACCCUCCCUGCUUCAGGGUACAGCUCGCAGAAAGAAGAAGGUGGUACAUAGAACAGCUACAGCUGAUGACAAAAAGCUUCAGAGUUCUCUGAAAAAACUGGCGGUGAAUAAUAUAGCUGGUAUUGAAGAGGUGAACAUGAUUAAAGAUGAUGGGACAGUUAUUCAUUUCAACAAUCCCAAAGUCCAAGCUUCCCUCUCUGCUAACACCUUUGCAAUUACUGGUCACGCAGAAGCCAAACCAAUCACAGAAAUGCUUCCUGGAAUAUUAAGUCAGCUUGGUGCUGACAGCUUAACAAGUCUUAGAAAAUUAGCUGAACAGUUUCCACGACAAGUGUUGGAUAGCAAAGCACCAAAACCAGAAGACAUUGAUGAAGAAGAUGAUGAUGUUCCGGAUCUGGUAGAAAAUUUUGAUGAAGCAUCAAAGAAUGAAGCUAACUAAAAUCGUUCUGGUUUUUGGAAGCUGGCAUGGACUAGAUUUAACAAAUCAGCUAUGUGGUUCCAAAGUUUUACCGACACAGAGAACAUCAUCUGUUACUAGUUCAGUAAUAUAAAUAUUUUGUAUAUUAAUAAUGCUGUUUGUUCAGCAUCUUUUGGUCAUUUGAUUUUGCAUUUUGCACUUCCUACCAGGAUCUCUUCUUUUGGUCAAAAUAUGAAGUAUUGGUACAGUUUGAGGGUGUUUGGGGUUUUGAUUACUGGAUUUUUGUUUUGUUUUGGGGGGUAAUUUUGGUGUAUGUAUGUAUAUGUAUGCGUGUGGGUGUGUGUAUUCACAGUGGAGAACAAAUUGGAAUACAGUUCUAUUUAUCCUCUUCCUCCAGUAGAAAUAAAAAAAACUUUACAUUUGCUACUUUUUUCCCCACAGUAAUACAUAGCAUUAAUGAAAAACGACUUUCUUUGAUUUCAAAUCUAAAGAGAUAUUUUACUGUUGGGAGGUUUGGUUUUAAUAUAUUUGGUUAACUGCCAUAUUUUUCAUAUAUUUCUCUGGGUCUAAGCUAUCUUAAGGGACAAAACAAACAAAAAAGGAUAUCUUCAGGAACGGGGUCUGGUGGCACAUGCUUGCUUAUAAUCCCAGCACUUGGGAAGCCGAGGCAGGAAGAGUACCCCCAGUUUGAGGCCGUCUUGGACUGCAUAAUGAGUUCAAGGCCCAUAUGAACAACACAACAAGAACUAGUCUCAGAAAAGCAAAAAAAAAUUUAAAAGAUGUCUUAAGAUAUUUUACCACCAGUCUCAUGCUGGAAUAAUGGUCACUUAUCUUUGGUGUAAUUACCUUAGAUUCACUUACCUGGCCAUAUCCAGAAGAAUUUCUUUUAGUGUAUUUCUUCCCUUUUUUUCCUUUUUUCUUUUUCAUUUUCCUUUACAGUGUUGGGGAUCAAGCCAAGGGCCUCACACAUUUAGGCAAGUGUUCUGCCACUGACCUAUAUCCCCAGCUCCACCAUCUUUCUUCCUGAAUGCUUUCAUACCCUGUCCUUUUGGUCUUUAACUUACCUUGUAAGCUUUUGGUAAUACUGUUCCUUAUCUUCUAUCUAGUUUGAGAAAGAUGUUCUCCAUGGUGUCAAGGGACCUCUCUUUAAGAUUUUGUUCCAUCAUCUUGAACAACAAACAAUUCAUCUUCAAUUUUUUAUUUCUGCUCGCUUUUACAGUUUGGUAGAUUUCAAACUGGAAUAGCUAGCAUGUGCUUGCUAAUAAUUUUAUGCCAGCCUUACCCUGUGUCCUAGCUGUUCUAAAUAGCAGGUGCAAGAAUGUCUCUUUUUCUGCAAGGUUAAAGCUGGGAAUGUCCUUUUGAUUGGGGAGAAAAUAGGCCAUAGGCUCAUCCUCCAGCACAAAUGGGCAUUCUGUGAAAUGAUAACUGGCCCUAGAAGGAUCAUUUCACUUCUACCUUUGGCCUUGAACCUACCUCUGGGUUGGAUUUUUAUUAUGUCGCUGCUCACAACAACCUCCUGCAUGCUUAGAAUAAUGCUUUGCAGGGAGCACUGGUAAAAUACAGUAUUUAUUUUUUCACCUCCUUUCAGAGAACUUGGAGGUAAACUGCAUUCAUUCACUCGUUUCCCUCUUGCUGUUUGAUAAAAGCUUGGAUUUUGCAUAUCAGCAUUUGUUAUAGUCAAUAUUUUAGGAAAAGAUUUAGAAAAAUCUGUCAUUACCUGGCCCAUCACCAAACUAGUUUAAUCUUGCAGCAUAUCAACUUUUUGUUUUUAAGGUAGUUAUCUUUAUUUGAUAUCUAAAGUGAAAGACCAACAAUUUAGCCAGGUGUGGUGGCACAUGCCUGGAAUCCCAGCACUCUGGGAAGCUGAGGCAGGAGAAUCG